AUGGACAUUGACCACCACGACACUUCCAAAGUGGAUGAAGUUCAUCAAGGUUUCAACACUGUCAAAUUAAACAACAACAUCUUUUCCAAUAUAAAUAAUAAUCAUAGAACUAAAAAUGAAUGGUUAGAUAUCUUCCCAUCUUCUGCCUUUUUCCAUGGCUUUGACCAAAUAUUGAAAGAUGUCAUCAUAAUGGUUUAUGAAGAUCCAGAUUCAAAAAAAAUUAGUACAGUGAUCUUUUCAUCUUUUGGUGAAUUAUGUUUUAAUUCUUUAACUUUGGAUAAUAAAUCAAGAUUUUUCGUUGCUUGUGAAAAUUUACAAAUUAAUCAUAGAAAAUCAAAUGUUAGAAGAGCUUUAGCUAUUACUCUAUUGAAAACUUAUAGUUCAAUUGAUUAUAAUUUAAUUUUAAACUCAACUGGUUUGAGUAAUAAUAAUAAUAAUAAUAUUGAAUGGGAUGAAACUAUUGCUGGUGAAAUGGCUUCUCAGAUGCAAUUAGUUAAAGGUUUGACUCCAGAAAAUAUUGGUUCAAAAUUAAUUAGUUUAGGUUAUUUACAACCUCAUUUUAUUGAAUCCACAGUUUUGGAUGUGAUUUAUGAAGAUAAUCCAGAAAUUAUUGAAUCAAAUAAUAAAUUAGUUUAUUUAUUAGGUGAACAAGUUGAACAAUUAUUUGAUCCAUUAACUGAAUAUUCUCCUGAAGAUAAAAUUCAAUUAUAUCAACCACCUUUAAAUUCAACAACAACUCCUAAUAAAGAUGAUGGGCUUUCAAAUUCAAUUUGUAAUGAAUUAUUAAAAUUUCAAGAAAAUCAAACAAAAAUUCUUAUAAAUUUUUUACAAAAUUUUGUUAUCCCACUUAGAGUUAAAGUAUUAAAUAAUGAAUUCCAGGAUUUAAAUAUUGAAAAAUUUAAUCAAAUUUUCCCUCCAACUAUUGAUGAAAUUACAAGAAUUAAUUGUAUCUUAUUAGAAGCUUUACAAACUGCAAUUGAAUUUGGUAGUUUUGAAAUUGUUAAAGCUUGUGGUUUAACUUUACCUCAUUUUUAUAAAGCUUAUAUGAGACAUGAAUCUGCUUUAAAAUUAUUUUCUUCAUAUUUAAAAAAAUUUUGUCGUGAUUAUCCUUUUGAAAUUCAACCAAAUUUUUCUGAAUUAAAACUUGAAACUAUAAUGAAUUCAUCAAUAAAUUUAACAAAAUUUAAAUUAAUCUUGGAAAGAUUAAUUAAUACUAAAAAUUGGGAAAAUGAUCAAGAAAAUGAAUUAGUUAAAUUUUAUUAUAAAAAUUCUGUGGAAACUAUUGAUUCAUUUGCAAAAGAUAAUUUAAAACCAUAUUCAAAAAGAAUUUUUACACCUUCUGGUAAGGUAUUAACUGAAAUUGUUGAUGGUGUUCCUUCAACUUUAACUUAUGGUUGGCUUAAUAGAAAAGUUGUUUCUGUUUUUGAUGCUAAAAAUUUAAUUGAUUUAAAAGAUGAUGUUAUUGUAUUAUUUAAUGAUUAUGUUAUAUUUGCAAGUGUUGAUAAUGAUCAUGAUGAUAAUAAUAAUUUAUUAAAACCAAAAAUUUCUGAUAUAAUUAUGAAUUCAUUAAUGAAUGAAAAGCCAAUGAAAAAUAUACCAAAUUUAAAGAUUAGAAAUUGGUCAAUGAUUAAUGAUUUUGAAAUUACAACAUUUAAUAAUAAUAAUUUAAAAAUUAUAUUCAAUAAAAAUGGGGAAAACAAUACAUUAGUUUAUAAAGUGGAAAAUAGUAAUAAAUUCCUAAGUUUAUUAAAUAAGGCAAAAAUUUUAAAUAAAUCAACUCCAUUUCAUUUGUUCAAAAGUUUAGGUCUAGGUUUUACAAUUUAUUCAACUGCACAUGAAAAAUCAAUUUAUUCAAAAGAAAUUUCAAAAUCAUCAAUUGCAUUAUUUUUAAAUGUUGAUCUUAAUUCUAAAAUUUUAAUUGAUUAUAAUUUAUUUGCAGCUAUUUCAGCAACUUAUAAUGAUGAAGAUGAUACAAUAAUUUUACAAAAUCUUGAUAUUUCAAGUGAUUUUAAUAAAUAUACUAUAAAUUCAUCAGAUUUUUCAAAUUUUAUACCUGAAAUUUUAUCAUCUUUAGAAUUACAACGUCAUAAUUAUAAAAAUUCAAAAUUAUUGGAAAUUUUAAUUAAUUCAAAUAAUUAUCUUUUAAAAUCUUCAAUUGAAUCGAACAGUUCUUCAUUUGCAAAGAAUAGAAGAAUUUCAUCUUCUUCACAACCUGUUUCAAGAAGAUCUUCUUAUGUUGGAUUAUCAAGAUCAAGUACAAGAAAUACUUCAAUUAAUUAUAAUAAACCAUUACCUGAAAUCAAAAAUUUGAAAGAACCAACAAAGAAAGAAGUUCCUGAAAAAACUAUUAAAACUGGUAAUGAUUCAUUAAAGAAAAAUAAUUCAUUAAAGAAGAAUAAAUUAAAAAAUAGAUUAUCACAAAUUUUUUCAUCUAAAAAGUCAAAAAAAUUAAAUGAUUCAUCUUCUGAAACUAAAAAUUUAACAAAUAAUACUAAAAUUAUAAGUCAACCUCAACAAUCAACAAAUAAUUUCCAUCCAAUUGAGAAAAAAAUUCAAAAUUUUUCUGAUGAUGAUGAAAGUGAAAUUGAAAAUGAUUUAUUAAAUUCUUCAAUGGAAGAUUGUACAACUUUUGAAUCUUCAAUGACUCCAAUUUUUGAUGAUGAUGAUUAUCAAGAUGAUCAAUUAGAUAUUUCUCCAAAUAUUGAAACUUUACGUCAAGGUUAUAAAAGUGAAAAUUGGUUAUUAUCAAGAGAUAAUUCUUCAAGAAAUUUUGCUCUUAGAGUUACAAGUAUUGGAAGUCAAAUUUCAAAUAAAGAAAUUAAUUCUAAAACCAGAAAUUUAAAUGAAGAUAACUUUUCAAAUCAAUUGAAAAAUCCAAAAAUUCCUGAAAAUUUAAUUUUUGAAAGUCCUCCUCAAAUUCCUAAUAAUCAAAUUUUAAGUAAUCAAUCAAGUCCUUAUGUACCAAGUCCUGGUACUACAAAUUCAAUUAUUCCAAGUUCUCCAGAAAAUAUAUCUGAAAAACCAAUCUUGGGUACUGCUAUUGCAGAACCUUUAUUAAAACCUAUUCAAAGACCUAUUGCAAAGCAUUUUUCAAUAAAUAAUAAAAAUAAAUCCAAGAAUAAUAAUGAAUCAAAUGAUGAUGAUUCUAUAAAACCAAGAUCUAAUAAUUUAAUGAAUGAACAAAUUCAACAAAAUAAUGAACAAAAUUCUCAAAAUUUUCAAGAUUCUGAAUCUUCAAUUUCAAAUAAAAUUCCAACUUUUAAUUCUUUAGAUGAUGAUUUUAAUGUUAAUAUUUUAAAAAUUGGUUAUGAAUCUUUAGAGGAUUUAGAUGAUGAAAAUAAUCAAAUUGAAGAUGUUUUCUAUACACCAAAGAGUAUUACUGGUGAUUUCCCACAAUUUGAAACUUUAGAACCUCAAUCUCAACAUUCAUUUGAUUAUUUAUCAACUGAUCCGAGAUCAAAACAUUCUGGAGGUAUUAUAUUAAAUAAAGCAUUUGAUCAAGUUCAAACUGAACCACUUAAUGAACAAUUGAAUUUUAAUAACAGACAACAAUUACCAAAUGAACCAAGUCUUACUGAACAUUUAGAUACUGAAUCAACAGAAAAUUUUGAAUUAAAUAGUUUAAUAUGGGCUUCACCAAGUUUAUUAAAUUCUAGACUUUAUGAAGAUUCUCAAGGUUUAAAUAUUGUUAAUGAUGAAUCUUUUGGAUAUCUUGCAGGUGUUUUAGAUAAUUCAGUUAUUAUUAAUGAAGGAUUAAAAAAUUCAGAAACUUUUAAAACUUUACCAAGAUCUUUUUCUUCAAUUAAAUAUCUUGGUGCUUAUAUUGAUAAUGAUACCCCAAUUUCAAAAGAACUGUAUGAAUUUUUAGAUGAAUAA